GUCGGGGCGCCCGAGUGCCCAACGGCUACCACUCGGGGCACGAGCAGGGCGGGCGGUGCCGAACGCGCGGAGCCAGGACUCCAGGUGCGAUCCGCCUUAAAGGGAUUUUCCGGUCCCGUGGCCAGUGGGACAACCAGGAACUUGGGCUCAGUCUCCACCCCGAAGUAGGGCGGAUCCGCCCGGAGUAAGACCCGUUUCCCGGCCCCGACAGGGUGUGAUCUCUGCGGCUCAGCGGACGAGCAGCAGCCCUAUCUAGGCAGAGAGAGGAACUUCUGCCGGAGCGACUGAACUCUGCUCCUGACGGUCAUGGCCAUGGCAUCCAAAGGAGGCACCAUCAAAGCUGCUUCAGGAUUCAAUGCUGUUGAAGAUGCCCAGAGCCUGAGGAAGGCCAUGAAAGGCCUCGGCACCGAUGAAGACGGCAUCAUUAAAGUCCUCGCCUACCGCAACACGGCCCAGCGCCAGGAAAUCAGGACGGCCUACAAGACCAAUAUCGGCAGGGACUUGAUAGAUGACUUGAAGUCAGAACUGAGUGGCAACUUCGAGCAGGUGAUCGUGGGCAUGAUGACGCCCACUGUGCUGUACGACGUGCAGGAGCUGCGAAGAGCCAUGAAGGGAGCUGGCACAGACGAGGGCUGCCUGAUUGAGAUCCUAGCCUCCCGGUCCCCCGAGGAGAUCCAGCGCAUAAACCAGACCUACCAGCAGCAAUACGGACGGAGCCUGGAGGAUGACAUUCGCUCGGACACGUCCUUCAUGUUCCAGCGAGUGCUGGUGUCUCUGUCAGCUGGCGGCAGAGAUGGAGGAAAUUUUCUGGAUGAUGCUCUCGUGAGACAGGAUGCCCAGGACCUGUAUGAGGCUGGAGAAAAGAAAUGGGGGACAGACGAGGUGAAAUUUCUAACUAUUCUCUGUUCCCGGAAUCGAAACCAUCUGCUGCAUGUGUUUGAUGAAUACAAAAGGAUAUCGCAGAAGGAUAUUGAGCAGAGUAUUAAAUCUGAAACGUCCGGCAGUUUUGAAGACGCUCUGCUGGCUAUAGUAAAGUGCAUGAGGAACAAACCUGCGUAUUUUGCUGAACGGCUUUAUAAAUCCAUGAAGGGCUUGGGUACCGAUGAUAACACUCUCAUUAGAGUGAUGGUUUCUCGAGCAGAAAUUGACAUGUUGGAUAUCCGGGCCAACUUCAAGAGGCUCUAUGGAAAGUCUCUGUACUCCUUCAUUAAGGGUGACACAUCGGGAGACUACAGGAAGGUACUGCUCGUGCUCUGUGGAGGAGAUGAUUAAAAUAAAAUCCCAGGACAGAAGGAUACGCAACACUUUGGAUUUUUUUUUUUUAACUUCAUUUUUCUACACUGCUAUUAGCAUUAUCUCAGAAUGCUUAUUUCCAAUUACAACGCCUACACUUGCCUCCUAGGGUAUAGACUGUCUGUAUUAUUAUUCAUCUAUAAUUAGUCAUCAUGAUGCUUUAAAGCUGUACUUGCCUUUCAAAGCUUAUAAGAUCUAAAGGGAGAUUUAAAAUUAGAAAUAAGAAUGUACUCCAUGUUUUUAACAGAUUACUUCCUCAUUGAGGCUACACAGAAAUGGAAUAUAUUAUUUCAUAUUGUGCUUUACGUGAAAAACUUAAAAUGGAAGACAGUUCAAAAAUCACUUUUUCCCCUAAUCCUGUUUGUAGAGUAGCUCAUAGUGUCUUCAUGUAAAACUGCAAGCACCCAGCUAGGAAGAAUAUCCGUCCCAUUUUCUAUUUUCCACAACCAUAGAUUGAAAGCAUCCAUAAAUAGUAUUAGUUGGUCUUUACUAAAUUUGGCACUUCCUUCCUCACGUCUUAUGUCACAGUCACUCUCUUUGGGUUGAAGUAUACCAAAGUCACCAACUUAC